CUCGAUCACUGGGCUUGCUCCAAUUUCCUAACACGAUGAUCAAUGCUGUGUUGGUCUUCAAUAACAAUGGCCAGCCUAGAUUGACCAAGUUCUACUCUCAGCUGGAUACAGCGACACAGCAAUCCUUGCUCAGUCAGAUUUUCACCCUUGUGUCUGCUCGCCCGGCAUCCGCAUGCAACUUCCUUCCUCUGCCUCCCUUGUUGGCUCCUUCUAGCAGUACCACCUCGCCUGAUGCGCCUACACAAAUCACCUACCGACACUAUGCGACGCUCUAUUUCAUCUUGAUCUCGACAUCUACCGAGUCUCCUCUUGCCCUCCUCGAUUUCAUCCAGGUCUUCGUCGAAGCCCUCGACAGACUGUUCGAAAAUGUGUGCGAGCUGGACCUGAUAUUUGGGUUUGAAACGCUGCAUGCUGUUCUCAGCGAAAUGCUGGUGGGUGGCGUUGUAGUAGAAACAAGCCUCGACAAAAUCGUCGAAGGAGUCAAGCUCAACGAGGGCACCAAAGGCAAGCGGAGAGCUAUCAACUCUCGAGAUUCCGGAAGUUCACUUGGCAGAGGAAGCGGUUUCGCUGGCCUAGGUUGGCCUACAACCGGACCGGGAAGUUGGAGAUAACAGCCCAUGAACAGGAUCCGGUACGCUCGAAGGAUGAAUGUCUGAGGAACGCCUUCGCCUUCUACAUCUGAGUGCAGCCUGGCAAACAAGCUUGUCGGGCACCGUCUGCAACAACAUGUCUCUGUGCUUCCCGUCACACAGAUGGGGUUCUGGAGGCACGGCAAUAUUGGUUGAGCUUGUUUGUCACGCUCUCUGUGGGUAAGCAAGCAGCAAUUAGGUUGAGUUCGAACAGCCCAAAGGUACAAUUCCGACAAAUCGAAGGCCUAGACUAUCACCUGCGAGACUUGAUGGGAUGAACUUCGGGUCUUGGCCAAUACGUCCUUGAUCCGAACACAGACAAAGAGCAUCAUCACAGCAAGUCGGAGGCGGGAGACGUGAACGACAAGCACAACUGCCUUUGGAACACCAUAUCACGAACUUACAAACGGUGUUUGUAUGAGCCAGCGACCGCGGUAGCGCCUACGGAUGCAAUCAGCAAAGCUCUGUGUGAGCAGACCGCUAGCCAUCAUUCUCUCCUCCAAUACUUGGGGUUUACCAAAGUGUGACAUCCUUUUCGGCUCGAAUCGAAACAGGCCACGGGCCGUGCAGAUGUUGACGGUGCGGUAGGAAGCAACCCUGGCCAAGGCUGUUCUGUAAGGGCCAGUGUGAUAACGCACUUGAAAGCCAUGGUACUCCGUAUUGGGGCGAGUGCUCAGGGAAACAGAGUAGAUACAGUUCAUUGCCUGAGACUCUGGGGUCCAGUUCGUCGCACAAUGGUUGGCCAACCGACAAGAACCAGGGCUUCGGAUGGACAACAUUGAGCUUAUCCAGUGUGAUAUCGGUGGAAGGGGCUGGGUGGACAUGAGUGGCCUCGAUAUUCCCGGGCGCUUAAGAAUAGGCCCUGAAUGGGAGGAUAGUCUGCGACUUGGACGAAUCCAGUUAAGCUGGCCAACUAAAGGAUCUCGCCCGUCCAGGCACUGCAUAUUCUAGGGGUCCAUCUUGAACUUCAU